AUGGCGAAGGAUUUGACAACAAGGUCUUCUUUAAGGGGAGAUGGGCAUCAGUGUGAUAAUCAAAGCACAUUAGACAAUAUGGAUGAGAUGAUUAAUGAUAUUUUCAGAGAUGUUAUAGGAGGUUUAAGCUCUGAAGCAGAAGAACUUCGAAAGGGUCCUGAUGAGAGUGCUAAAAAGUUUUAUAAAUUGUUAGAGGAUGCACGAGAGGAAUUAUAUCCAGGCUGUAAGGAAUUUUUUGUGCUUUCAUACACAGUGCAACUCUAUCUACUUAAAUGCCUUAACGGGUGGAGCAAUUCUUCUUUCGAUGGGUUGAUGAAGCUUCAAUGUGUUGCCUUUCCAUUUGCAAAGCUUCCCACUUCUUUUCAUCAUGCUAAAAAGAUGGUGAAGGACCUUGGACUUAAUUACAAACGAAUCGAUGCGUGUCCUAAUGAUUGUAUGUUGUAUGGGAAAGAACGUGCAAAUGACAAGUCUUUCCAUGUUUGUAAAGCUUCUAGGUGGAAGUUAAAUGAGAAGCAAAAAGAGGAAGGUGCAUUGCUCGACGAAGGAGAUCCUGCAAAAGUUUUGCGUUACUUUCCUCUUAAACCUCGUCUGCAAAGGUUGUUCAUGUGCUCUAAGACGGCUGAACUCAUGACAUGGGAUGAAACUGAUCGCAAGAAAGAUGACAAAUUAUGGCAUCCUGCUGAUGGACAAGCUUGGAAAUAUUUCAAUGUUGCACAUCCUCAAUUUGCAAGUGAUUUUCGAAAUGUGAGGCUGGGUUUUACUACUGAUGAUUUCAACCCAUUCAGAACUAUGAGUGAGUUAUAUAGUAUUUCGCCUGUUGUUUUAUCCAUUUAUAAUUUGCCUCCUUGGUUAUAUAAUAAGUUCGAGUACAAUAUCAUGUCUUUAAUUAUACCUGGUCCUUCUUCUCCGGGUUAUGACAUUGAUGUUUACUUGCAACCAUUAAUCGAGGAAUUGAAGGAGUCAUGGGAAGUUGGAGUUAAGACAUAUGAUGCUGUGAAAGAUGAAACAUUUUCUUUAAAGGCAGCCUUGUUAUGGACAAUCAGUGACUUCCCUGCUUAUGCAAUUUCUUGGAAAGAAAAUCAUCCAUGGCGUCAUAAUAAGAGAGCUUUUGAUGGUAAUGUAGAGACAAGGCCUCCUCCUCCUGCUAGAUUCCCAGGUUCUGAGGUAUUAAAAGAUUUAGAAGGGUUUGAAAAUAAGUUUGGGAAAACUCAAAAGAAGGGCAGAAAGAAAUUUCCUUGGAAGAAGAAAUCAAUUUUCUUUGAGCUUCCUUAUUGGGAAACUAAUACCUUGCGUCAUAAUCUUGAUGUUAUGGACAUUGAGAAAAAUAUUUGUGACAGUGUGCUCGGUACUUUGCUUGAUAUCAAGAUAUGGGUAAGAAAUGAAAAGAAUAAGGACGAUGUGGCAGCCCGCUUUGAUUUACAAGAUAUGGGUAUAAGAAAUGAACUCCCUCUAAAGAGAACAAAUAAUAGAGGGAAGCGUUUAUACUCCAAAGCUUGUUUUUCUUUAUCUUCUAGUGAAAAAGAGUUGUUCUGCAGUGUGAUAAAAGGUGCUAAGUUUCCCGAUGGUUGUGCAUAA